GAUAGUUGGGGCUAAUACAAUUUCCCCAAAACAGAAAAUGGCCGGUCAAGAAGAUCCUGUGCAGAGGGAGAUCCACCAAGACUGGGCAAAUCGAGAAUACAUUGAGGUUAUCACGAGCAGUAUAAAGAAAAUAGCAGAUUUCCUAAAUUCCUUUGAUAUGUCCUGCCGGUCUCGUUUGGCCACCCUAAAUGAAAAGCUGACAGCGUUAGAGAGGAGAAUUGAGUACAUUGAAGCAAGGGUCACAAAAGGAGAGACCUUGACCUAAACCAAGAUAGUAUGCUGGACUGGGUGCUGCAGUUUGGCUGAGGAUAGAAUACUACAUUUGUGACCAAUUCCAUUUUUGCCCCUUUUUUUUUUACUACGCAUUUUAUUUUUGUAACAAUUUUAUGGUUCUGUGGGACCCCCCCCAAAAAAUAGCUUUUUCAUACUGUGUGUAUUUUACGACCAUAGCUACUGGAUGGUUAUGGUAAUACCACAGCAUCUCCCACAAUGUUAUAAUCGAGACUCAGUUAAUGCUAUCUUGUAUUUAUGUUAUCAUGGGCCAACAUAACUUGUUCAUUGAUUUGAUAUUGCACAAAUACAUGAACUUCCUAACAGGGGAAAGUUUUUUUUUUUUGACACUUUGUAACCAGGUUAAAUCAAAAGUGACUAUGUGAAUGAAGAUGGAGAUUUCACAGCACAUGCAUUGCAGAAAUAUCCUUCCCAUUAGGCUGAACCAGGAUGAUUUGAACCACAGGAAGAGCCAAAAAUGAAUAGUCAGCUCUUUUACUGUGGUCAUUAUGCUUAUCCAUAUAUUUCACUGCUUGUAAUAAUUGUUUUACUCUAGUGUUAACAUGUAAAACCUGUUUCCAAAUUAA